AUGACUCGACAUCCCGAUUGGAUUCGGAAAGGCUUUACAAUCAUUUUUGCCGGGCCUCCAGGAUCUGGCAAGGGAACCUAUGGAAAGAUACUAGCAAAGCACUGGGGUAUCUGCCAUGUUUCUGCUGGAGACCUAAUUCGCGGGGAGCUAGCCAAUUUCUCUGCUGGCGUACAGUUGAAGUCCAGUGUCGAAGAGGGCUUGCUUAUCCCUGACAGCAUCGUUGCCCAAUUGUGCAAGAACUAUAUGUACAGCAACUCAGGUCAUAAAUCCUGGAUUCUCGACGGUUUCCCCAGGACACUCCCACAAGCUGAAAUGCUGCGGGGUUUCGCCGGGCCCCACGUAUGCGUGAAUUUCCGCCUGCCAAGCAAUAUACUUUUGCAGAAGCUCUUGGCUAGAAGAGUAUGCAAAAAGUGUGGGGAGAAUUUCAACACCGCAGAUAUCCGCGAUACACCAUAUGAAAUGCCUGCCAUAUUGCCUAGAAAGGACUGCAGCAAAUGUGGUGGAAAUGCUCCGUUAGUCAGCCGUGUAGAUGACACACUUGAAACAAUCCAAAGACGACUAGACACACAUGAAAAACUUACUAGGCCAAUGCUUGAUCAGUACAACGUGGAAGGUAUAUUAUUGAAUUUUGACGUAGUGAAGGGCAUCGCCGAUAUUGCAAGACUGCAGUCAGCGAUUUGUUCAUUUCUGCACAAAAAAUAUGGUGCGAGAAGUGACAGUGUUCGUUUCAGCUAG